AUGUUGAGUAAAAUAGAAAAAAAUGAAUUAACCCACCUCGAUGAAUCAAAUGUAGAAAAUGAUGAAUUAUCAAAUAGUUCACAUAAUUUUGAAGAAAUUGAAGAAUUUUCUUCUUCUUGUGAGCAGAUCGAUGACUCAAACGAAGAAGCCGUUUAUUUUGGUGAUGAAAAUAUAUUUUUAGAGUCUUCUGAAAAGGAAGAAGCUGCUUGGUGUGAUUCAGAAUCAGAUGAAGACAUUUUAAGAGAAAAAUAUCAGAAACAGCCAGAAUGGCUAAAUUCUAAAAAAUUUAAGAAGGUUAACUCAGUUAAAACAUCUCAACUUAAAUUGUCAUUUACACCAGGAAUUUUUAAAACUAAUUUUAAUAUUAAAUUGUUAAAAUACCACUUAUCAGAAAUUUGUCUUGUAGAUACAAUGAAUAUUAUUUAUAUUUUGGAUAAUUUUAAAUUAAAAUAUACUAUAAAAUUAGAUAAAUGGUCAGUUUCAGAUAUUACAUAUUUUAACAAUAAGAUACAUAUCUGUAAUAAUAAAUAUAAUAGAAUUAAAAAGAUUAUUAAUGGAGAAAUAAGAGAUAUAAAUAAAAUAUUUACAAGAAAUAUAAAUAAAUUAAUAUCUUAUGAUGAUCAGUUAUAUAUUUUAGGUGACACAACGGUGGUUGUUAAUGGAAAUUUAGAGAUAAUUAAUGAAUCAUUUAAUAAGUUGGUUAAUCUUAUUUCUUACAAAGAUUCUUUAUUGGCUUUAAGUAACAAUGGAGAUAUUUUACAGUUCUCAAAAGAUCUACAGUUAGUUAAUAAGAUGAUUUAUAAAGAUAAGUUUUGUUUUACAGAUUUAAUUUAUUUAGAUCAUUUAGUUGUUGUUACUAAAUCCAGUGCUAUAUUUAUUGAUGAUGAUUUUAAAUAUUUUAAAGAGCUUAACAAUGUUAGUAAUAUUAUAGAACACAAAGAUUAUUAUUUUUAUUUUACAUCUAAUGGAUUACAAAUUUUAAAUAAAGAUUUUACAAUAAAAAAGCAUAAAAACAAAAUAAAGCCAUGCAAAAUAUUUAUAAAUACAGACAAUAUGAUAUUAUUGUGUAGUUACAGGGAAUUGCAUAAUUUAAUAAUAAAUACAUUAUAA